AUGUCCCCAUCUACGCUUUGUCUACCCACCGCUCCAAGUAUCAGUUAUCUUUACAUGGCUGAUGAUUUUGAUGCCAAUGGCAACUUUAUCUCGACUGGAGUUUUUUCAGGUGACAGUUUUGAUCCAGUCAACAGCACUGGCAGUGAACAGGUUCCCAACAUUGAUCAGAUUGACUGGGAUGACCUGUCCCUGUACAUUAUGCCACUUACCAACAAUGAAAUUGCAGCUCUAACUAAGGACAUAGCAGCUACAAAUAUCCCAACUAUUCCAGAGCUCCCCACCCCCCCUGCUCGCACACCAUUGCCUCAGCCGAGUCCCACCGAAGCAGAGGUGCCAGACACCACACCAUCAUCUCAGUCGAAUCCCACCGAAGCAGAGGUGCUGGACACCAUUGUAGAGAUCCCAGAAUCACUCCAUGAGGCAAACACAUCCUACUGGGCAGCACGGAACCCAACACGAGCGAUUAUCUGCCCUUGGACACCACCACCUCGACUAACAGAUGCCCAGAAGGCAUCUCAAAAGAUCAAGAGGGGCCAGAAGAUCGAGAGAACGAAGCACUUACAUGACACAGUCGCUGAAUACUUAAAUGCACAGAAAAUGAAGAUCAAAGCACUCUCACGGGCUCACCAUGUUACUCCCAAGCACAUCAAUGAUAUCAUUGGCAGUCAGACACAUUAUUGA